AUGUACUCCUCCACACAUGUUCCACAUAUUGUGUCACUACCUUCACCGAUUGGUCCAGUAUCUCGACCCAUGGGCUCGGUAUCUUCCCCAAUCUGGGGGACGCUUGCGACGAGACCAAUGGAACCAGUUCAUGAUUUAGCUGAGCCAGAGGAAUGGCUACAUCACCAGGCUUCACCCUCGCCUACAUCGACCCAUCAUAUCUUUCAUCAGAUUUUUAAUUCUUUUAGUAUCACCCGUCCUAAAGCUAUAUUGCUCUCAGUUACCAAUAUGUCUUCUUCGUCUAUUGCAACCGACUCCCGCCGACGCAGUGACCGACCUUCACCUGCUAGGAAACAAUCCCACAUGAUGGUACCGCCAACCGACUCACGCCGUUCCAUUAAACGUCAGCACGAGGAUUCAGAAUCUGAUGCAUCUGCUCAGACUUCUACCAAGCGCAAGCAAAGCGUCAUCAUCCCAUCAGACGACGAAUCUUCUGAUCAAUCAACUCACACUACUACUACGAUCUAA